CACUAAAGAGUGAGCCUAGCUCAAGUCUUUCCACCAUACACUGCCCCAGUCGUCGCAGGAGAGUCAAAGCACUCUCUCACUGGAAGCCAUGGACGCUUUGCGAAGCUUAGGUCGAGUAAUCGUAGCUUUCUGGAUCUUGUCCCAUCUCUCACUGCUUGCUUACUCCUCUUCCCCUCAGGAUCUCCAGAUCCUCAACGCUGAGCGCAGAAUUGACUUGUCCUCUCACAUUGUUAAGGUUUUCUUGACGUUAAAGGUUGAAAAUACCGGUGCAUCUCCUGUUUCGGAAGUACUUCUUGCUUUUCCACCUACACAGGUUGAUCAUAUUGCUUCGCUCAAAGCAGCUCUCACUGUUGGAAAAAAGAAAAGGAAAAGCUAUGUGCCUCUUGAAGUGAAUCCCACUGACCUCCCUGAUGCACCAAAUCAGACCAAAUAUUUUUCCAUAUCUUUGCUCAACCCAUUAAAUGCAGGUGAAACUGCAACAUUAGAAGUGCUUUAUAUAUUGACACAUUCUCUGGAGCCUUUCCCUGCAGAGAUAAACCAAGCAGAGUCUCAGUUGGUCUAUUAUCGUGAUAGUGCAAUAAUAUUGUCACCGUAUUAUAUUAAGCAGCAGACUACUUUUAUAAGAACACCUAGUACUAAGGUGGAAUCAUUUACAAGAGUAGAGUCCACUAACCGCGCUGGUACUGAAAUAAAGUAUGGCCCUUACAAGGAUCGCCCUGCAUACUCUUAUUCUCCAGUAAUUGUUCAUUUUGAGAAUAACAAGCCAUUUGCUGUCGUUGAGGAGCUUGUACGUGAAGUGGAAAUAUCUCACUGGGGCAAUCUUCAGAUCACAGAGCAUUACAGGUUGUCACAUGCUGGUGCGCGACAUAAAGGUGUUUUUUCGAGGUAGGCUCUGCUGCUGGUCUUUUCUUCUAUAUUUAUUAUAUGCUGAUGUUGUAAAUCCUGCUCUCUGUGUAAGUUUAUGCAUCUAUGUAUUUCAUGGAUAUGAAAACAAUCACCCAACUUAGAAAAACUGAGUCUCCAAGAUAUGGUCAAGGUU